UCUCUCAUGCCCUAAUGAUCAACGGAGGUAGAGAUACUCAACCAUGCUCUAAUAUUUUCCACGAAUGUGUGGGAUUUCCUGCCCUCCUAAUCUUCAUAAAAUUACACAUUCCAUAGGUAUCAUAUAAUUAUGAACAUGCUCGCAUGAUCACUAUGAGGACUGAAAUGUGUUUGUUUGCAUUUCAGGAUGAAAUUUCUGUUGUGCUAGAAAGAAAUUUCAUCUUAUUGGGCCACGUUUCUUGUUAGAGAUAAUUGGAAUAAACAUCCGCUGUCCUACAAUGCGCACCCAAAACCACUUUUAAUGUUGGAGUGUUGGAAGUGGCCACUGACCAAAGCACGUAUUUCUUUUAGAUCCAAAAACAAAACAGAAUGCAUUCAAGGCGGGAAAUACUUAAUCGGAAGUAAAGUGAGCUAUAUUUGCGACAACUACUAUACUAUACGAGGCCCACGAGUUCGUACAUGUGGAGCGAAUGAAGAAUGGACUGGCCCUGACCCCCUCUGUGAACCUGUUUGUGGCCAAAGUGGAAAAAUGGUUCCAUCAGCUCAGCUCAUGAAUCCAUUGAUUCGCGGAGGAAAAGAAGCAGCACCUGGGUCGUGGCCCUGGCAAGCUGCAAUCUAUCAUGUGACUUUUGGAGAUAUCAUUUGUGGAGGAGCGUUGAUUGGAAUGCGUUGGGUUCUCACUGCAGCACAUUGCGUCGUGGGCCACGACGUGAACAAUUUCUUCGUCUAUCUCGGCAAGCACUAUAGAAAUGUGUCCCAGGACGAUGAAUUCGUGCAAAAGAUGAAGGUGACUCAGAUAUUCGUGCAUGACAAAUACACCGGCUGGGUGUCGGACAUCGCCUUGAUGAAACUCAACGAUUCGGCUAUUCUAAAUGAAUGGGUUCAAUUGAUCUGUCUUCCGUUCAAUGAUGAAAUUUCUGAUGACAUUUUAGAUGGGGUUGAAGAUAGAUUUGGCGGUUCUCAUCCAGGAAAGGUGGCAGGCUGGGGAAGAGACGCCUCGGACCUAGCAACAGAUGUCUUGACUGAGGUGCCACUGACAGUCAUACCAAAGCGUGAAUGCCGAAAGAAAAUCUACGAAAUCACAGGGAACCACCCUGCUUCCAUCUCCAGAAGCACGUUUUGUGCAGGAGAACGCAACUAUUCUUCAUCAAUCGUGAAUGAGAAUGCGAAAGAAUACAAGACGGUGUGUCCAGGUGAUUCUGGGAGUCCCAUAGUCUUCGCCUCUCAUGGUCUUCUGGGUAGUCAGUGGGUGGUCGAAGGAAUCGUCAGUCAUAUAUAUGCAAAGUCGGGGCAGAAUUGCUCCAAUUAUGAACCUGGCCAGUACGGUGUAUUCACGAGAGUCAAUAAGUUUGUUGACUGGAUCGAGGAGACCAUAUCGAUGAACUCAUGAACGCAUGAGUGACGGUCCAUCCCUCCGAAUCUUUGCUCCUACACUUGCAAUAUAUAUUUUUUUUUACCUAAAGUAUAAUUCAAACGGCAAAACUGAGAAAAAAAUGGGGCUUCCUUUUUUUGUUACUAUCUACUUCUAGUUUCCAUUCGUUACUUGUUUCACCAUCCCAGUUUUACCGCUACCGUCUCAUAUACUUUCCUUUACCUUUGAUACCUCAGAUUUACAGCUCCA